AAACUAAAAGGCGAGUGAAUGAAGUCAGCUGACCUCAGCCUGCCGUCACGCACCGCAGUAGCCAGCUUUUUUCCUUCGAGUCAAGACAUUUAACGACCACUUCACGAUCAGACGGACUCAGGAUACUAACCAGUGAAGAUGGACAUGUCCAAGCUGCCCAAGAUCAGGGAUGAGGAGCGAGAGAGCCAGUUUGGAUAUGUUCAUGGCGUCUCUGGACCAGUGGUGACGGCCACGGCCAUGGCAGGAGCAGCCAUGUAUGAGCUGGUUCGUGUCGGACACAGUGAGCUGGUGGGGGAGAUCAUCAGGCUCGAGGGAGACAUGGCCACCAUCCAGGUCUACGAGGAGACGUCUGGCGUGUCGGUGGGAGACCCUGUGCUGCGAACAGGAAAGCCUCUCUCCGUCGAGUUGGGUCCAGGUAUCAUGGGCUCCAUCUUUGAUGGUAUCCAGCGACCCUUAAAGGACAUCAAUGACCUCACACAGAGCAUCUACAUCCCCAGAGGAGUCAACAUCGGCGCCCUCAACCGAGACCUGAAGUGGGAGUUUUCUCCCGGCAAGAGCCUACGAGUUGGGAGUCAUAUCACAGGAGGGGACAUCUACGGCAUGGUCUUUGAGAACUCUCUUAUCAAGCACAAAAUCAUGCUUCCUCCCAAGAACAGAGGCACUGUGACCUAUGUGGCUCCACCUGGAAACUAUGACAUCUCUGAUGUGGUGAUGGAGCUGGAGUUUGAGGGUGUGAAGGAGAAGUUUACCAUGGUGCAGGUGUGGCCUGUCAGACAGGUCAGGCCUGUCACAGAGAAGCUACCUGCCAAUCACCCACUGCUGACCGGACAGAGGGUGCUGGACGCCCUUUUCCCAUGCGUGCAAGGAGGAACCACAGCCAUCCCCGGAGCCUUUGGCUGUGGAAAAACCGUCAUCUCUCAGUCUCUGUCCAAGUACUCCAACAGCGACGUCAUCAUCUACGUAGGCUGCGGGGAGCGCGGUAACGAGAUGUCAGAAGUACUGCGAGACUUCCCCGAGCUAACGAUGGAGGUGGAUGGAAAGACGGAGAGCAUUAUGAAGAGAACGGCGCUGGUGGCCAACACCUCCAACAUGCCUGUUGCUGCCAGAGAGGCCUCCAUCUACACAGGAAUCACGUUGUCCGAGUACUUCAGGGACAUGGGAUACAACGUGAGCAUGAUGGCCGACUCCACCUCACGUUGGGCCGAGGCUCUUAGGGAGAUUUCUGGACGUUUGGCAGAAAUGCCUGCUGACAGUGGAUAUCCGGCCUACCUGGGCGCCCGACUCGCCUCCUUCUACGAGCGUGCAGGAAGAGUAAAGUGUCUGGGCAACCCGGAGAGGGAGGGCAGCGUCAGUAUUGUUGGAGCUGUGUCACCUCCUGGUGGCGACUUCUCUGAUCCCGUUACUUCAGCCACGCUUGGUAUUGUGCAGGUGUUCUGGGGUCUGGAUAAGAAGCUGGCUCAGAGGAAGCACUUCCCCUCCGUCAACUGGCUGAUCAGCUACAGUAAAUACACUCGCGCUCUGGACGAAUAUUACGACAAGCACUUCCCGGAGUUCGUUCCACUGCGUACCAAAGCAAAGGAGAUCCUGCAGGAGGAAGAAGACCUGGCCGAGAUUGUGCAGCUUGUUGGAAAGGCUUCAUUGGCAGAAACCGAUAAAAUCACUCUAGAAGUGGCCAAACUGCUUAAAGAUGACUUCCUUCAGCAGAACGGUUACACCCCAUAUGACAGGUUCUGCCCCUUCUACAAGACAGUGGGCAUUCUGUCCAACACGAUAGCUUUUUAUGACAUGGCCCGGCAUGCGGUGGAGACCACAGCCCAGAGCGACAACAAGAUCACCUGGGCCAUGAUCAGGGAGCACAUGGGAGAAAUCCUCUACAGAAUUAGCUCCAUGAAGUUCAAGGACCCGGUUAAGGACGGCGAGACCAAGAUUAAGGCUGAGUACGCGCAGCUUCUGGAGGACAUGCAGAACGCCUUCCGCACAUUGGAGGAAUAGGCUCACGCUGCCCUUCCAGUCUUUCCAUCUCUACUCCUCCACCUCUGAGCACAUUCCACCUCCGUGUAUUCCCAGACAUCGUGUGCUUCCCCUGUGAUCCUCUGUGGGUGAACGUGCGAGUGUGUGUGCGUGUGUGUGUGUGUGUAUGCGCACAUGUGUGAAACUUAUUGUGGAGGGG